ACUCUUCAAGAAUUUUAGAAGAUGUCUACCUUUGGCCUUCUGUUGAGUUAACUAAUCAGUAUUUAACCGCGUGAAGGCUUUUAACUCUUACCUUUAUUUAAGUUAACUAAUCAGUAUUUAAUGCCAUGGAGGCUUAGUAUUUUCUGCUUCAAAAUUCAAUGAAAAAAAAACAAAAAAAAUUUAUUUAAAAAAUACAAAAUCCUUUGUUUCCUGAUCUCCAAGAAAUGUGCCAUCGCCGGAACCCGGACUACAGUGGCAACACCUACCUGGGCCUGCACUUGGGCACCGAGAAAUUCCGCGCUUUGAUUCUCGACCACAACCUGAAGCCGCAAUACUUUUCCCAGGUGCGCUACGAUGCGGAUUUGCCGGAAUAUGACACCAAACAUGGCACCGUGAAGGAUGGCGGCCCCAUGGAGUUCCUCGCCAAUCCCGUGAUGUGGGUGAAGGCAAUGGAUAUGGUUCUGAACAGCCUGGAAACGCAGGGUGCGGACAUGCAUUCGAUAGUGGCUGUAUCGGCGGCUGGCCAGCAUCAUGGUUGCGUCUUCUGGUCGGCGCUUGGAUUGCGCAGGUUGUGCAACCUGAAGCCCGGACUCCGUCUAUUUGAGCAACUGACGGACAGCGCCUUCGAGCUGACCCGGACCCCCACCUGGCGUGACAACUCCGCGGACAAGGAGGUGCUUGAGAUGACGAAUGCGGUGGGGGGUGCUGCCGAGAUGUCACAGAUUACCGGUUCCCGGACAUAUGCCCGGUUUACGGGUCCCCAAAUCCGGAAGAUAUUUUCCCGAUGUCCCGAGCACUACGCCCGCACGCAGCGGAUCUCGCUGCUGAGCAGCUUUGUGACAUCGGUGCUCAUCGGUGGCAUGGCCGCCAUCGGAGUCUCCGAUGCUUCGGGAAUGAACCUCAUGGACUUGCGUCGGAAAAAGUGGUCGAAAAAGUGCCUGGAUGCCUGUGCCCCCGAUCUGGCGAGGCGCCUGAGCAAGCCGGUUGCCUCGUCGCGUCUCCAGGGACACAUCGACGACUACUUCGUGAAGCGUUGGAACUUUCGACCCGAUUGCAUGGUUCUCUCUGGCACCGGGAGCAAGGGUGCCGAGCUAGCCGGUGUGCUGGUGGAGAAGGAUUUCAUUGUGAUUUCGCUGGAUGUCAGCGAUACGAUUACCAUGCCCCUCGCCGAUGCCCCGCAUCUGGAGGAGGGUCAUGUGAUGCGUCACACCACCCGGCCGAAUGAGUUUAUGGGCGUGCUCUGCUUCCGAAAUGGUCUGGUGGCCCGCACCAUCGUUUGCAACGAGGUGGCGAAGGGGAAUUUUGAGCAGUUCUAUGCGAUGCUGGAUGCCACGCCCAAAGGCAACAAUGGCAACUUGGCUGUGCACUUUUACGAUCGAGAGAUCCUGCCUGUAACCAUGGGCGUCCUGCGCUGGGAUCCCACCAUGGACAACCUAAAGCAGGAGUGCGUGCGAGGUGUCCCAAACUUUGAGACGCCGGAAAUAGAGGUGAGAGCUCUCCUUGAGGGCCAAAUAAUCCACCAUUGUGCCAUUUCCCGCGAGUUGGGCUUCGGCUUGGGCCCGGACACCAAGAUCAUUGUGGUGGGCGACGAUGCCAAUUAUCCCAACCUGCUGCAGAUCGUGGCCGAUGUCUUCAACGCGCCCGUGUACAAGCGAACCGGGCCGGAGGUCUGCCUCCUGGGCAGCGCUUUCCGGGCUCGGUAUGCCUUCUACGAGCACAGGGAGACGGCCUGCAGCUGCCAAUCCUGUCGGCAGAGGAGCUGCCGGGAGCCGAGAUUGAGCUUCGAUGAGUUCUUCCGCAACGUUCCCUCCGGAUUGAGUCUGGCAGCGGAGCCGGAUCCCGAUAGUGUCAAGAUCUACGCCCCACUCUUUGGACGCAUCUCGCAGAUGUGCCAACUGAUGGGGGCCCAGGCGGCCCUGUUUGUCGAAUCUCAAAUGAAAUUGUAGGGUGUAUUUAUUGAGAUGGGUUUCUGGUAUGUGAUUUCUUCCUCCUCCUUCUACGAAAAAAUAUAAUAAAUGUAACAAAAACGUG